AAUAUUCCAGCGAGAGCUAUCAACGACUCUAGUCAUCAUCGUCAACCUCUCCCCCACCUAAUCUCUGCGUCACCUAAUUUUCCACAAUUAUUAAGUCUUUUAAUUUUGCAAUUAGGGUUCUCCGCUACUUAGCCGGGACUACCCGAUUUUGAUCUUUUCUGCUGAAUUAUACAGAAACCCAAGUUGUUAAUUCUCUGGUCAGUGGAAUUCUACAGCAGGGGAAGAAUUCGUUGCAAUGGCUGAAGACCAAGAAACUGAACAAGUGCCUCAGAAGAAGAAGACCGAAUCCGAUGACGAUAAAAGGAGGAAGAAGCUUGUGCCUGGCGGAUUGAUGAAAGCUGUGAUCAGGCCUGGUGGGGGUGAUUCAAGUCCCGCCGACGGUGAUCAGGUCAUAUUUCAUUGCACGGUUCGGACUCUGGACGGAGUGGUUGUGGAGUCCACAAGAUCGGGAUUGGGAGGCAAUGGUACACCGACAAGGCAUGUUUUGGGUAAAAGCAAAAUGAUAUUGGGACUGCUAGAAGGAAUUCCCACAAUGCAGAAGGGUGAAAUUGCAAUGUUCAAGAUGAAACCUGAACUGCACUAUGGCGAGGAGGAUUGUCCCCUUUCAGUUUCUGACAGCUUUCCAGUGGAUGCUGAACUUCAUUUUGAGAUUGAGAUGAUUGAUUUUUCUAAAGUCAAGGUCAUCAGUGAAGAUCUGGGAGUUGUGAAGAAGGUAACAGAUGAAGGGCAGGGUUGGGAAUCACCGAGAGAACCUUAUGAAGUAAAAGCUUGGAUUUCUGCAAAGGCAGGGGAUGAGAAAUUGAUUCUGUCACAUACUCAAGGAGAACCGGUUUGCUUUACUUUUGGAAACUCUGAGGUACCGAAAGGUCUUGAGAUGGGAAUUGGAACAAUGUCACGUGGAGAGAAGGCUGUAAUUUACGUUUCCAAGCAUUACUUAACCAAGUCCCCUUUCAUGCCUAUGGUAGAUGGUCUUGAAGAAGUUCAUUUUGAAGUGGAGCUGGUUCAUUUUAUUCAGGUGCGGGAUAUGCUUGGAGAUGGGCGUCUAAUAAAACGGCGUGUCCGUGAUGGAAGAGGUGAUUUUCCUAUGGAUUGCCCUCUUCAUGACAGUCUAUUGCGCGUCCAUUACAAGGGUAUGCUUCUUAAUGAAGGAAAGACUGUAUUCUAUGAUACAAGAGUCGAUAACGAUGGCCAGCCUUUGGAAUUCAGUUCUGGAGAAGGGCUUGUGCCUGAAGGACUUGAGAUGUGUGUUCGUUUGAUGUUGCCCGGAGAGAUAUCUCUUGUGACGUGCCCUCCUGAUUAUGCGUAUGACAAAUUUGCAAGGCCUGCCAUUGUUCCAGAAGGUGCUCAUGUUCAAUGGGAGAUAGAACUUCUUGGUUUUGAGAUGCCUAAGGACUGGGAAGGUUUCAACUUCAGAGAGAUAAUGGCGGACGUUGAGAAGAUCAAAGGCACGGGGAACAGGCUCUUCAAAGAAGGAAAGUAUGAACUUGCCAGGGCAAAGUAUGAGAAGGUUCUUCGGGAAUUUAAUCAUGUUCAUCCACAAGAUGAUGACGAAGGGAAAGAGUUCGCAGAUACAAGAAAUCUAUUACACCUAAAUGUGGCUGCAUGCUAUCUCAAGAUGGGAGAAUGCAGAAAGUCCAUUGAAGCAUGCAAUAAGGUAUUAGAUGGAAAUCCUGUUCAUGUUAAAGCUCUUUAUCGUCGUGGAAUGGCCUACAUGUCAGCCGGAGAUUUUGAGGAAGCAAGGAAUGAUUUUAACAAGAUGAUGAGCAUUGACAAGUCAUCUGAGCCAAAUGCUAAGGCGGCACUUCUGAAACUGAAACAAAAAGAACAGGAAAUUGAGAGGAAGGCCCGGAAACAGUUUAAAGGACUGUUUGACAAGAGGCCAGGGGAAAUUGCUGAAGUUGGAGCGAUUGACAAGGAAGAAGAUGAGGUUUCGGGAGAAAAUCAUGAGAGUGGUGAUUCAAAGGAUCUAGAUGGGGAUAACGAGGAAGAUCACGUGGCUGCAGAUGCUCCACCUCCUCGAAGGAGUUUCUUCUCCCAUUUGUGGCCCACUGGUAGAAGAGUAUUCAGAGCGAUCGGGGUUGAACGAUGUUCAAUCCUAUGAGUAGUAUAUGAUAGAUUAUGUCGGAAACGAACGCUCCUAACACUUGAAAUUAGCUGCUGAUAAAAGAACACUUGAAAUUAGCCAAUUGUUUUGAUUUAGACUAAUCUGUGGUGUUUAAAUCAGAUUAAUUUGUCAAGGAGAAGCCCUUCAAGGAUACAGAACACACACUCUGAGAGAGAGAGAGAGAGAGAGAGAGAGAGAGAGAGAGAGAGCUGCUGCCGGUGUUCUCCAUUCGGCCCUUCAUCGCUUGUGUAAUAAAACGUUUUUCAUUGUUGUAGUAAUAUAUUUUUAACUUAUUAAUGAGUAAUUAAAGUAUAAAUUCGGUAGAAA